GUUCACUCAUGGGCCGUUCUAGUACUUCCUGGAAUGCCCCAACAGUUUACGUAGUACGGACUACGGAGUAUUUAUUUAUACAAGUUCCAACUUCUAGCAACGUUUGAAACUCCCCGACAGUCUGAGACCACUUCCACCUCCCCUGAUUUUUUCCCGAAUUCAAGAUUCCCUUUCACUUGCCGGAGAAGCAGCUAUCAAUGGCAACCACGCCGUCUUUUGUCGGCGCCCAGUGCUACUUCCACCCCUCCAAUAGAGCACCCCCGUUUUGUUUUCAGCCGCCACUAUCCGUUAACGUCUGGGCGAAACCCCAGCGGUUAAGAACUCUUAAUUCACUUAAAUUUAACAGGAGGGGUCCAAUUCUGACAAAAAAGUCGAGGUCUUUAGUUUUCCGGUGUGAGGCCACCGCCGGCGGAAAGGCUGUUUCGCAGCAAGACUUCACAGAGAUGGCGUGGCAAGCUAUAGUGCUGUCCCCGGAAGUGGCUAAAGAGAACAAGCACCAGAUAGUGGAGACGGAGCACUUGAUGAAGGCGCUAUUGGAGCAAAAGAAUGGGCUUGCCCGCAGGAUUUUUUCCAAGACUGGGGUAGACAAUACUCGUUUGCUUGAAGCCACUGUUCGUUUCAUUGAGCGCCAACCAAAGGUUCUUGGUGACUCAGCAAGCUUAAUGUUGGGACGAGAUAUGGAAGCCUUGAUACAGCGGGCCAGAGAAUUAAAGAAAGAAUAUGGUGAUUCGUUUGUGUCAGUGGAACACUUGGUGCUUGCUUUUGGACAAGACAGACGUUUCGGGAAGCAACUGUUUAAAGAUUUUCAAAUUACUGAUAAGACUCUAAAAGUUGCCAUAGAAGCCAUUAGGGGACGGCAAACCGUUACUGAUCAAGAUCCUGAAGGGAAGUAUGAAGCUUUGGAAAAAUAUGGAAAAGAUUUAACUGCUAUGGCAAGGGCAGGAAAGCUUGAUCCUGUUAUAGGCCGAGAUGAUGAGAUACGUAGAUGCAUUCAAAUCCUUUCCAGAAGAACUAAGAAUAAUCCUGUUCUAAUUGGAGAGCCAGGUGUUGGAAAAACUGCAAUUUCUGAAGGGCUAGCACAGAGAAUUGUGCAGGGAGAUGUCCCACAAGCUUUGAUGAACAGAAGGUUGAUAUCCCUUGAUAUGGGAGCACUUAUUGCUGGUGCAAAGUAUAGGGGUGAAUUUGAAGAUAGGCUAAAGGCGGUGCUCAAGGAAGUGACUGACUCUGAUGGGCAGAUUAUCCUUUUCAUUGAUGAGAUUCACACUGUUGUUGGUGCAGGUGCCACCAAUGGUGCAAUGGAUGCUGGCAAUCUCUUGAAGCCCAUGCUUGGCCGUGGAGAGUUGCGUUGUAUCGGUGCAACCACAUUGGAUGAAUACAGAAAAUAUAUUGAAAAAGAUCCCGCAUUGGAGCGGCGUUUCCAGCAAGUCUAUGUUGAUCAGCCUACUGUUGAAGAUACAGUAUCUAUACUUCGUGGACUAAGAGAAAGAUAUGAGCUCCAUCAUGGGGUCCGAAUAUCUGACAGUGCUUUAGUUGAUGCUGCCGUUCUUUCUGACCGUUACAUUAGUGGACGCUUUUUACCUGACAAAGCUAUUGAUUUAGUUGAUGAAGCUGCAGCAAAACUGAAAAUGGAAAUUACUUCAAAACCCACAGCACUUGAUGAGAUCAACCGUGCAGUUCUUAAGAUGGAGAUGGAAAGGCUAUCACUUUAUAAUGAUACAGACACAGCAUCAAAAGAUCGCUUAAAUCGUCUUGAGGCUGAAUUGUCUGUACUAAAGCAGAGGCAAUCUGAGCUGAAUGAGCAGUGGGAACAUGAGAAGAAUGUCAUGACGCGCUUACAGUCCGUCAAGGAAGAGAUAGACAGAGUGAAUCUUGAGAUCCAACAGGCAGAGCGGGAGUAUGAUCUCAACCGCGCUGCUGAACUCAAGUAUGGUAGCCUGAACUCAUUGCAGCGUCAACUUGACAUUGCAGAGAAAGAGUUAGACGAAUAUAUGAAGUCUGGGAAGUCCAUGCUUAGAGAAGAAGUUACUGGGAACGACAUUGCAGAGAUUGUCAGUAAAUGGACCGGAAUCCCUGUCUCUAAACUACAACAAUCAGAAAGGGAAAAGCUUCUACAUUUAGAAGAAGAGCUCCAUAAACGAGUUGUCGGUCAAGAUCCAGCCGUCACAUCAGUGGCAGAAGCCAUUCAGAGAUCUCGGGCUGGUCUUUCGGAUCCACACCGUCCAAUUGCCAGUUUCAUGUUCAUGGGCCCCACAGGCGUUGGAAAGACAGAGUUAGCUAAGGCACUCGCUACCUAUCUAUUCAACACGGAGGAAGCACUAGUCCGUGUUGACAUGAGUGAGUACAUGGAAAAACACGCGGUGUCAAGGCUGAUAGGGGCCCCACCCGGGUAUGUAGGUUAUGAAGAGGGUGGGCAGUUGACCGAGAUUGUUCGCAGGAGACCCUAUGCAGUUAUCUUGUUUGAUGAGAUAGAAAAGGCACAUGCUGAUGUGUUCAAUGUGUUUCUUCAAAUCUUGGAUGAUGGUAGGGUUACUGAUUCACAGGGGCGUACGGUCAGCUUCACUAACACUGUCAUCAUAAUGACAUCAAAUGUGGGGUCACAAUAUAUUCUUAAUUCACCUGCUGAUGGGAGUGAUGGGAGUUCGUCUAGUGAUUUAUCUUAUGAAACUAUAAAGCAGAGGGUGAUGCAGGCUGCUAGGGCAAUUUUCCGCCCUGAAUUCAUGAACCGUGUUGAUGAAUACAUAGUGUUCCAGCCUCUUGACCAAGAUCAGAUUAAUAGUAUCGUCAGGUUACAGUUGGGACGCGUACAGCAAAGAUUAGCGGACAGGAAAAUAAAGCUGCAAGCGACCGAAGCUGCAAUUCAACUGCUGGGGAGCCUCGGGUAUGAUCCUAGCUAUGGGGCGAGGCCCGUGAAGAGAGUCAUCCAGCAGAACAUUGAAAACGAGGUAGCAAAGGGUAUUUUGAGAGGUGACUUUAGAGAUGAGGACACUAUUUUGGUUGACACUGAGGUCAGCGCUUUCUCCAAUGGACAGCUUCCUCAAACUAAACUUGUUUUCAAAAGAGAGUCUGCUUCCCCUUCGGGUAAUUCCCUUGUCAACCAAGAAGCAGCAUCUUUCAUCUCCCAAUAAAAAGGAUGAGCCUUUCCAGCGCUUUUGUAAUGUAACUUGUUUGAAAUGUUUUCAUAUUUAAGCCAUUUUCCAGCAUGUAACACUUGUGUAAAGUUAAUUAUUUUCAUAUGGGUUGUGAAAACUUAUAAUGUCUGUUUCUGAGCGGAUACAUGUUUUAAUAGUAAUAAUAAUGUAGAGUUCUUUUCAAUAUUUAGUCCUAUCAUAUUGUGGUAACGAUGUGGUUGUUUAAGCUUUUUUACCGUCUCA